AUGAGCUUUCGAACACCUAAACCUAAAAAAUAUAAUAAAACCAAGAAGCCAUUGCAGAGUCCGUCGGUAUAUUCAGCAACUAGCUCACCGCAGACAAAAGUUUCCCCUGAUUUUCUGCAUUCUCUCGAUGAUAUGACUGUAAAAGAAUUAGAGAAACUACAAGCUGAUCUGAUCGACCAAUUCGAUUAUGCUAAAGCAGAGGCCGUAAAACAGAAACUCGAAGAUAAGAAACAAGAAGUUAAAACUGAAGAUAUUUCAAAAUCGGUUGAUUUAUUCAAAUCCAAAGUGGAAGUCAUCAUAAACAACUAUAACAUUAAGCAUAAUGAGCUAAUUGAUCGCUACAACCAACUAGAGCGCAAAAUCCGCUUUGAUGCAAGCCAAGCUUUCCAUCAGCUUCAAAUCAGACACAUUCAGACUCUUGUUGAAUAUGAGAAAGAAUAUAUUCUCCGUCAUUCAAAGCAAUCUGUUAAAAUUCCACAAAGUGUUUAUUCCUUGUUAGAUCGAGCUGAGAUUGCUGCCCAUAACAAAAAAUUUGAGCAGGCUCAGGAACUAUUCGAUUUAGCCAGUUCUCAGAGUCUUUCUUACCACGAUUUAGUCAAAUCAAUAAAUAUGAAAGACUAUUUAUUUGUACGCAAAGAAGUACUUCGAUCUCAAAAGAUUGAGAUUUCUACACUAACCGAACAGCUUCGUUCCAAUAUGACUCGUUUGAAAUCAGAUAUUAGAGGAGAAAUCGAAAAAUUGAAGACAAUGUUUAACAAAGAAGUUACCAACACCCAGCUUGAUUCAAUGAAAGCAAUUAAUAAGUCUUUGUCCGCAGAAGGAAGGAAAAUCGCUCAAGCACAAAUUAGAGAAUACUACAAAGAUGCAUUAAACAGAUUUGAUCCAAAGAAAUAA